CGCCGAUAUAUGUACACUAGCAUACCUGUUCUACAGUAAUCAAAACCAAGCAUCUUUUAUCACUAUCGGAUCCGGGGGGAAACGGAUCCGCCAAACCACCCAAACUUUCACACAAACGCCCUCGACCGGUGCCCGCUCAGGCUUCGGCAGGGACGGAGAAAAGGAGGUUAGGGAUAUGGACCCUAACGAUAUGACGUCUCCGUCAUCCACGCAUUCGAACCCGGGGCCGCCGAAUUUUUUCGGUAAUGCCAAUGGAGGAACGACCAUACCGGCUACCAUGUUUAAUCCGGGACAACCAUCACCCGAUGAUGGGGGUAGUGAUCCGAAACGCAGGAGAAUAGCUAGGGCUUGUGAUAUGUGCCGUAAGAAGAAGGUUUGUCUUGAACUCGAGCAUUUGUUUUGGUACGGAGCUCUUCUGGAAAUUGGAAGGCUGAGCGAUCUAUAGAUUAAAUGCGACGGAAAGCUCCCGGCAUGCACCCAUUGCACGAAUUACAAGACGGAAUGUGUCUUUACGCUUGUGGAGAAGAAAAGGAAUCCCCCGAAAGGGUUUGUCGAGCCUUGCGUCAUGCCCGAGUAUUUUUGACAGUGCCAAAAUCUUAAGCUGACCCCCACGAAACAGCGCAAAAUACAUCGAGGGUUUGGAAAACCGACUCGGUAGAAUGGAGUCCCUCCUUAAGCUCUCCGGUUUGUUGCCUGAGGGGGAUGGCAAGACGGAUUUGGGGGAUUUGGAACGUCGUUUACAGGAUCAAGUGCAACAGUCGGGUAGUGCUGGGUCGGUAAAGACGCCAUCUAAUGUUGGCAGAUCGUCGUCAGAGUCGAUGCGGGAAACUCCGAGCUCGUCAGCUUUACAGUCUGCUGUGAAUUCACCGGCUCUCCAUAAAGAGGAAGAUGAGGUUGAAGCGUUGUCCGAUCAAAUGUGUUCUCUUGUUACAAGCAACUGUGGCGAAACAAGGUUUAUUGGUAGGCUCUUGCUGAAGCAUUACUGCUUGGCAGAAUUGCACUCUAAUUCUUGGCCUUAUUGCUACAGGUUCGUCGUCUGGAUUCUCAAUAUUUUCGCCCAAAGGAAUCCAAUGGGUCAAUGAGAAAACAGGUGACAAGAGCUUUCAACAGAUGAUCAUGGAAGCGACAUCCUCGGAAUCAAGAUUUGGGGUGUGGAAACCAGACGUCUUCGGUCCCCUGUUUGACCAACGUGGAAAGAACCCACUUCCACCACGAGAACUGGCUGCUAUCCUUGUACAAGGUAAGGGUCUACGUCUUGGUUUAUGCUUGUGAUCCUCGUAACCCUUUUGUCCGCAACAGAUUUCUUUCAAAACUUUAAUACAAUGUUCCCGCUCUUCCACAGGCCGACAUUUGAACACCUUUUUGAGAAGCAGUACUCGGAUGAUCCCCCGAACCACUCGGGUUGGUAUGGUGCAUUCAACAUGCUUCUCGCGAUCUCAUUCCGAUUGCGGAUCACACAUACGGUAGCGCCCGAUGAUGAGCACUCCGUGUCUCACGUGCAGAAAUCCUGGCUUUACUUCCAGAAUGCCGCAACUGUUCUCACUGAGUUAUUGCUAAAAAAUACCGAUUUGUUAAGCAUUCAAGCGAUCCUGGGAAUGGUAUUGUCCAAUGCACCGGCAAAUUGGUUCCGAAUGCACAACAUACUGAUGAAGCGCUGUUUUUAGGCUUUGUACUUGCAAGGAACAGCAAACCCUCAACCAUCAUAUUUUCUUAUUGCCGCUGCGGUCAGGAUAUCGAAUAGCAUUGGUAUGCAUAGGCGUGGCAAUUCCUUCGGUCUGAAUCGGGUUGAGGUCGAGCAGAGGCGAAGGGUGUUCUGGAUAAUGUAUCUUUUGGACAAGGAUAUGGCUCUCCGGUCCGGACGUCCACCGUGCAUCAAUGAUGACGACAUUAGUGUUGAGCUUCCCGAUGAAGAUCCCGCGGACGGCAUUGGGAAUGUCCUACUGAGGGACGGAAAGGGAAAGACCAACCUAUUCCGGCUUAUGUCUACUUUCGCUGUGAUUCAGAGCAAGGUUUACAUGCAAUUAUACUCUGCCAAAGCCUCCAAGCAGUCAGACGGGGAGUUACUGAAUACGAUUGGAGACCUUGAUAAGGAACUUGAAGAAUGGAAGGAAACAGUGCCAGCGGAUUAUCGGCCAGAGAAUGAGAUUUCUAUGGAUGACGGACCUUUGGUUCUGCAUCUCGUGAUGUUGCACUUUGCUUACUACAACUGUUUAACAACCAUUCACCGUAUGUCAAUACAUCACGGAUACUGGACCAGCAGACUGUCAAAUUAUGCUAUUGCAGGACUGAGCGCCAGGCCGCUGAACCCUAGGGUGUUCUCGAGCGCGGCGCUCUGCGUGUCGGCAGCUAGGGCAUCAAUUCACCUGAUCAAGUUCAUCAAUAGACAUGAUUACCCGUGCAUAUGGUAAGGCAUCCCCUUGCCCCAAACUUGCCUUCCUCCCACCGUGCUUGUGUUCACAGCUAUUUAACAGCUUCGCGGUUAGGUUGAUCAUGUACUAUCCAGUAUCCGCACUGGUGACGCUAUUUGCAAAUGUCUUGCAGAAUCCUCAAGACCCACGUGCGCGCUCUGACCUUAGGCUUAUGAAUGUAGUGGUGGAGUUUCUACAAACUGUGCAGAACGAGGAUGAAAGCGAGACCGGGGAGCAUAACGUUUCUCCGAUACAGCGGAUGUUGACUGUCUGCGGGGAGUUCCAUCGCAUAUCACAGCUCGUCUUGGAUAAAGCGGAGAAGGAAUCCAUGACUCGGCGGAAACGAAAGAACGAUGAGCCGAAGCCGCAGAGUUCCGGUGCCCAGCACUCUGCGAACUCGACUAAAUCUGCUAGUUUGUAUGCGACAACACCAAGCACUCCUCCUGCGAACGCUGCGUCGCCACCGACCAGCAUUUUGAACCAGGAUGUGACCUCACAGGUUUGCUCCCUCGCUCUCCCUACCCCUUCUCUUCGAUGAAACUGCGUAUACUGACCUUAGGUUUUUCAGAUGUAUGGCGAAUUUGGAACAACGUUCUCACCUACCGGCUCUAUGUCUUGGCUGGGCGAGAUCCCAAACCCCAAUCCAGCCCAGAACUUCCCAGUAUCGCCGUCGCCCUCACAUAACCCCUUGCCACCGUUGAUAUCCUCUUCCUCCUUUCAGCAACCCUUUGUACCACAAGACCUCUGGCAGAUGCCGAUGACCUUCGAGUGGGAUUGGGCAGACGUCAGUACGAACAUGGCAUGGACUGGGCAAGACCCUUCCGGGGCUUAGUUGGGGUUUGCACAGGGGUUUUUUAUUUGAUCUGGAGUCUGGUUGGGAUAGGGCACCGCUUUUUUACUUUUCUUUUGUGUUUCGCCUCCACUAUCAUUGAUGAGGAAGGGAUAUAGGCGAGUGGAGGAGGAAGUGAUGCUAUUGGAACACAGCCGCAUCCGCAGAGUUCUCAUAUCCUUCUGGGUGCUGCAAGCUUUAGGAAAUGCUUUCCUAGUCCUCUCUCUUUCUAUUAUUCGGUAGGAAACGGAUUAUGAUAGAGGUUUAUGGUGCCCUUAAACCAUGUCCGAAAACACUUGUCUGAAAGACUCCGGCCGUUCCGUAGCCGAUCGGUAUUACUCAUGGGGCAUGGGAACUCUACGAACGCGGCUGUAUGUAUAUCCAACAAACCAGCUAGCUAACUUUUACAUCUCUCUCCUUGUGUCUCUUCCCUUUCUUCUGGCGAGGACCGUUAGCAGUUUGCAUGACAAGGGCAUGGCUAUGGGAAAAAGGGAGGAUCUGUAUUUUUUUCCACUGUUUGUUUUCGUUAUUUACACACCUGCUUUCUUUUCUGCCCUGCCAUUUCAUUUCAGGUUGAUACAUGGGCCCGGGCUUCCCGGCUAACACAAAAUAUCGCGGAGUUUGCGUUGGGAUUUUUACUGUUUGUCUCGCUUGUGUUUGGAAGGUUCAGUUUGGAGGGAUGGAUCGGGGGCAAAGAUCAGAUGUCAGCGUGGAAUAAUAUUGCAAUCAUCUCUA